UAGAAAAACAACUCUCAAGAAAGCAUCCCUGUUGCUUCUGUCUCUCUUUGCCAUAGUUUCGUUUCUCUUCUUUAGCUUUCCCACAUACGCCUUAAAUGCAAGAUUAAUACCCGACUGCGUACAAGAUGAGGUGCCCUUUGCCUUGAGGUCUCAUGCGUUUUGAGAGCCUCUAGCUUUUGACCACACUUGGCACUUGGCAGGCCUCGGUCGUCCAGCAAAGCAAAACAAAACUCCUUUUUAUUUCCUUUUUUAUAAUUAAAGAAAAAAAAAAGGGUAACCACUCAUAAAGUGGGGAAGGCUAAUUACUCUUUAAGCUAUAGUUUGGCGCAGCCCUAUUUAAGCAGUGGGGGGUGGUUGCCUUAUUGGUUAGGUGUGCGUGCUUUGUGCUUGAGAGUUUUGUCUGGUGCCGGUCUGUUUCUUCCUUCUCUGUGGAGUGUUGGCCUUUUGGCAAGAAGAUGAAUUAUUUGGGUGUUGGUGUUAGUCCUGGGAAUGUCCCUGUAUACCAUGGCACUAAUCUGAAGGUGAUUGAUAGGAGAGUGAGAGUUGCGGAGUUGGUUUUGAGGUGUGUGAUAUGUGUCUUAAGUGUUCUUGCAGCUGUUCUUGUGGUAACAGAUACUCAAGUCAAAGAAAUCUUCUCAAUUCAGAAGAAAGCUAGGUUUACAGACAUGAAAGCUCUAGUGUUUUUGGUGGUAGCCAAUGGGGUAGCUGCAGCCUACUCAUUGGUACAAGGGGUGCGUUGUGUUGUGGCUAUGGUGAGAGGAAGUGUGCUUUUCAGCAAGCCUUUGGCUUGGGCCAUUUUCUCUGGAGAUCAGGCCAUGGCAUACUUGACUGUGGCUGCUGUGGGAGCUGCUGCACAGUCAGCAGUAUUUGCCAAGCUCGGGCAAACAGAGCUUCAAUGGUUGAAGAUAUGCAACAUGUACGCGAAGUUCUGUAACCAAGUCGGGGAAGGAAUAGUAAUGGCAUUGCUAGUUAGCCUUAGCAUGGUGGUCCUAUCUUGUAUCUCUGCUUUCAGUCUCUUCCGCUUGUAUGGCAGCACCAAAGCCAAGAACAACUUCAGGAGGUAGAAACUAAUGUGCUGAAGUUUUUAGGUAGCCAAACUGCCCUGUUUCACAAGCUCAUUCCUCAAGGUUCUGUAAUAUUUUAUCUUUGUCAUAUAUUAUAAAGAAAAAAAGUGGGAGUUAUGUCUCCCAUUUGACAAUAAAUCAAGGCUGGAUUCUGUAGAGAUUAAUACUUAAAAAAGUCCCUUAGUUUCUUUCUUGUGUUCCA